AUGUUGGACCACCUGAUUUCCAUGCUAAUCGAUGCAGUUGGAGUGUUGCCGGCUAAGGAUCUGCAGGUGCAGGUCGAAGAGGCUUUCGGGUUCUCAACUCACUCAGAGACGGUCUGUGUGGUUUGCAAACUGGCAAUCCCAUCGUUGGCAGCGUCAUGGAAACCUGACAGCUGUGACCAUGCCAUCUGCAUUCCCUGCUUCUGGCAAUAUGCACCUGAGAUGGAGGCCACUGAUGGGCUGCCUAGGUGUGUAGUGCCUUCUUGUGAAUCCUUGUGCAAGCCCGAGACCACUCAUCGGGGGAUCAGUGUGGGUCAUGGCACCUUGAUCUCAAUCGUGGACCUAAAUAGUGGCAAGGGGAAAGAACCGUUGGAUGGAAUGCUUCAGGAGCUAGGCCAAUGCUCUCGUGGUGUGGAUCCAAUGUUCAGCAGUGACUUCUACUGUGCCAUAUGCAUGGAGACGGUGCAUGUCGGAGAGCUCUUCCCCGUACCCGGGUGCACACACCUCUUCUGUGUCAGCUGCAUGAGCCAGUACAUCGCUGCUAAGGUUGAGGAUAACGUGUUCUCCAUUGGAUGCCCUGAACCUGGUUGCGAUGAUGGUGGACUGGACCCAGAGGCGUGCCGUGACAUGAUCUCGUCGCAGCUGUUCCAGAGGUGGGGAGAUGCACUCUGUGACUCAGCACUGGGGGCAUUCGGGUUCCACUGCCCAUUCAAAGACUGCUCGGCACUGCUGGUCAAUGAACGUGGCCCUGACGAGGUAGUAAUAAGGGAAACCGAGUGCCCACACUGCUCCCGGAUGUUUUGUGCACAGUGCAAAGUGGCAUGGCACUCCGGCGUAACCUGUGAAGACUUCCAGCAGCUCAGGACUGAUGAACAGGGCCGAGAUGACCCCCUGCUUACGAAGGUCGUCGUGCAUGAGAAUAAGUGUCAGAGGUCCCAGCAGCUCAGGAAUGAUGAACAGGGCCGAGAUGACCCGCUGCUUAUGAAGGCCGUGCAUGAGAAUAAGUGGCAGAGGUCCCUCCGGUGUUUGGUAGCUACAUGUAAAUCUUUGUGGAAGUCAGAGGCAAAUCGGAUGGUCGAUGUGGGUCAUAGUCAUAGCACCUUGGUCUCAACCGAAGACAUGGACAGACAGAAACAGAAAGAAACGUUGGAUAAUAUGCUUCUGGAGCUAGGCCAAUGCUGCCCUGGUGGGUAUGCGGUUGCCAGCAGUGAAUUCUACUGCACCAUAUGCAUGGAGUCAGUGGACGUCAGGGAGCUCUUCCCCGUUUCUGGGUGCACACACCUCUUCUGUGUCAGCUGCGUGAGCCAAUACAUCACUGCAAAGGUCGAGGAUAAUGUGUUGUCCAUUGGCUGCCCUGAACCGGAAUGUAAGGAUGGUGCAUUGGACCCAGAAGUGUGCCGCGACUUCAUCCCGCUGCAGCUGUUCCAGAGGUGGGGUGCUGCUCUCUGUGACUCGGCGCUAGGUGCAUUCAAGUUCUACUGCCCCUUCAACGACUGUUCGGCAUUGCUGGUUGACGAACGCCGCCAUGGUGAGGCAGCGAUAACACAAGCUGAGUGCCCACACUGCCGCCGGAUGUUCUGUGCACAGUGCAAGGUGGCAUGGCACGACGGUAUCACCUGCGCAGAGUUCCAGCGGCUUGGCAAGGACGAGCGGAGCAGGAAUGACCUGUUGCUGAGGAAGGUCGCGCAGCGGAGCAAGUGGCAGAGGUGCCCCAAGUGCAAAAUGUACGUGGAAAGGACCGAGGGCUGCGUGUACAUCGUCUGCAGGUGUGGGCAUCGCUUCUGCUAUCUCUGCGCAUCCCCAAUGUCACGAGGAAACCAUCGUUGCAGUAGUUGCAAGAGGACCUGGUGA